CAGGGGAAAGUCAUGAACUUCAUCCACCUAUGGAGGACAAGCCAGGGAUAAUUGUUCAUGUUUGUGAGGAAGUAGAAGAACCCGAAAACGGGCCCAGACCUCGAAUCAUUCAGACUCGUCGACCUCAGUCCUCGUCUUAGUGCCAUUUUCGUGCAAUAGCAUUUUGACAAGUGAGGUUUUGAAAAAGUUUGAGCUUUAUUAUAAUUCAAAGAGGAUUUUGCAGUUAGUUUGAUUUUCUUGUCUAUACAACUGACAAACCACUUAUUUUUACAGUACUUGCAUGUCUUGGAGACAUUUAGGUACCAUAGAGAUACACUAAGAAAUCGUAAUUGUAGGAGAAAGUUAUUUUCAAUUUUGAAGAUACUUAUGAGUUCCAGAUUUUAUUAUAUUUGCUCAUUUCAUGUUUAUGUUAAAUAUGGACUUUUUUAUGACAUAUUUUGUAUUCAGUAUUCUUACAUAUAGUUUAUUACUAAUAUAUACAGUUUCUUUGUUCUAUACAGUACCAAAGGUUAUAGAAUAUUGUUCCAUAUAUUCAAUAUGAGUGCAUUACAUAUAUUAACCCUUAUUUCUUUAUUAUGCAACUAUUUUAUAUCAGUUACUUGUAUUUUAUUCAUAAAGUCAUAUAACAAGGCAUUCAUAUCUAUUAUUGCAAAUUGGUGCACUACUAAUUCAUGUUUGCUUGGCAUAUAUUUCUAAUACUGUACCUAAGGUAGAUUAAUUAUUCCUUUGUUGGCUAUAUUUAAUUAUGUAAGACCUUAACAUUUUGGGGGGCAAUGAUCUGAAAUUUGGUUUAAAAAAUGCAUGAUCAGGAGGAGUAAAGUUGCUCUUCCAGUAAUACUCUUCAUCUGUGUAUCAUUCAUCUUCCAUUUACAAGAUGAUAAAUUCAGAUACUGAUCAGUUCAUAAGAUUUUUUUUACGUUAGAUAUUGCUUUAAGCGCAAUCUCCCAAUUCUGUGAUUUGUAUGGUAUACUCAUUUUGUGACAUUGUAGAUGAUUGACAAAUGGUAUUCUGAUAGAAACAUUCUAUGUGCUUGAUGGGAAUUAGUCUCAAGAGAUGAAGUGAUUCUGACUUCUUCACUUUGUCAUGAGGAUAAUAGUACUUAUAGAAACAGGCAAUCUGUGACUGUGUAUAUGAGCUUGGACCUCUUAAUGGUUAUGUAAAAUUCUGCCAUAAUCCAUUUGAUUGCAUAUAUCUGCCUAAUUGCAAAAUAAGGAGGGCUUAUGCUAGUUUAGUGUAUUUUUAUGCAGAAAGUGCUUUAUCAUGAAAAUCAUCUUUUCUGUAGUGAAGGAAUUUAUAUGUUUAUUGAGCUUGAAAGAAAUGUGUAUGAGCGAGGAUGACAUUUGUUACAAAGUACAUGAUGAUUUGUACCCCUUUCUAUCUGAAGGAUUUAAUCUUGGCCUUGAACUUGGAUCUCAAGUAGGAGCACUCUAUGUGAUACACCUUUGUAAAAUAGAAUGAUAGUUCUAUUUAGAAUGACACUAUAAACAGAUAAAAAAUAUUAAAUUUGAUAUGAAUUUUCAUAUAGCACUUGCAUUCACACAUCUUUUAGUGUGAAUAAGACUUUACUGUAGCUACUAUGAAACUGCCUUCCUGAAUGAUAAGUGAUAUACAGUGAACUUUUUGUGAUUUCCAUUUAUUUUUUGUCUUUUGCCUUUCUUAUCUUUGUGUCAUUUCAGAUGUUUCGGCAUCUGUCAACUUCAUGCAAAUAUUUUUGUGUAUAAAUGAAUAAGAAUGUGACAGAUCUCAGAUUGGUAUACCAAGUAGGUAUUUCAUAAUUGCUGAAAGCAUAAUCGUAUUGCAGUUGGCAAGAGUAUGUAGUUGAUCUUGGUUGACUGUGAUUUUGAGUGCUGUUAUAAGAAAAAAUCCAUUACUGCAAUAUACAGUAAUACCUUAAUCUUAUGUAAGGUUAGGUUACAGACCCCCUUGUGCAAGUUGAAUUUUCACGUAAGUUUGGCACUGUCUCUAAAAAUGCUAAUAAAUACUUAUUUUUCAAGUUAGAACACUAAAUAUGAAACUAAUCAUGCUUCCCAAGUAUUAAACUAACUUUUAAAUGAAAUUAAAAUUACUAAAAAUUCAUUUAAAAGUUAUUUUAAUACAUUACCCUUAAAAAAAGAAAUAUAUAGUUGGUAAAGAUAUAGGAGUGUGUGAAGUUUACUUGUAUGUACUAUUUCUCUCCUCUUUCCCCCUUCCGACCGAUCUAUUUUUAGAAAUCUUCUCGACCCCCAUUAAUGACAUAUUUGACAGCUCUGGCUUUGAGCUUCUCUUCAAAGAUGAAGGAAAGAUAUUUUCAUAUGCAUUUUGUAAUAACAGUUAUAUUAUUAUUAUUUUUUUAUCACUGUCAUCCUAUUUGACUGGGUGGUUUUUAUAGCAUGGGGUUCCAGGUUGCAGCCUGCCUCUUUAGGAAUCCAUCACUCUUCUUACUAUGUGCAGUUUCCAGGAGCCCAUUCUUCUGCAUGAGUCCUGGGACUACUUCAGCAUCUAAUUUUUCCUGGUUCCUUUUCAGGGAUCUUGGGAUCAUGCCUAUUGUCCCUGUGAUUAUAGGUACAAUUUCCACUGGCAUAUCCCAUUUCCUUUUUAUUUCUGUUUUCAAGUCUUGAUGCUUAUACAUUUUUUCUCUUUCUUUUUCGUCUAUUCUGGUAUCCAAUGGUAUUGCGACAUCAAUGAGUGAUACUUUCUUCUUCGUUUUGUCGAUCAGAGUCACGUCUGGUCUAUUCGCACGUAGCACCCUAUUUGUUCUGAUACCAUAGUCCCAGAAGAUCCUUGCCUGAUCGUUUUCUAUUACUCCCUCAGAUUGGUGCUCGUACCACUUUUUACUGCAAGGUAGCUGGUGUUUCUUACACAGGGUCAAGUGGAGGGCUGUUGCUACUGAAUCAUGCCUCUGUUUGUACUAGUUCUGUGCAAGUGCCAGACAUUCACUUGCUGUUUGGUUUAUGGUCUCGUUUUUUCACAUUGGACUCCCUGCAUAUGAAUGAGAUGUUAUUUCCAUCUAUCAUUUUUUUUAAUAUAUGUGGUUCUUAGGGCCUGAUCUUUUGCUGCUGUUAGCAUUCCUUCUGUUUCCUUCUUUAGUUCUCCCCUCUGUAACCAUUGCCAAGUUCAUCACUGACCAGUUUUUUAUAGUCUCAUGUGCUGUCUGUGCAUUGGUUUGUUGGGCCAUUAUUCUGUUUGUCUGUCAUUCUCCUGUCUCCUUAUAUUUCUGGGUCUUUGUCUGCUUUUAUCAAUCCUUCCCUUGUACUCCUGAGCUACUCAUUUUCUCUGGAUUUCAGAUAUUGCCCCAGUGCUCUGCUCUUUAUGUUGACGCAGUCCUCUAUGCUUAGUAGUCGUCUCCCUCCUUCCUUUUGUGUUAUGUAUAGUCUCCGUAUUUGCUCUUGGGUUUAGUGCUUUGUGUAUUGUCAUGUGUUUCUUAGUUUUCUGGUCAAUGCUGCAGAGUUCAGCCAUCAUCCUCUCCACUACUCCUGCACUGUAUCUGAUUACUGGCACUGCCCAUUUGUUUAUGGAUUUCAUCAUGCAUAUUUCUGGCAUUGAGUUCUGACUUGAGUAUCGCCUUAAGUCUCUGCAUAUAUUCUUUCCUGAUCGUGUCCUUCAUCUCUUGGUGUUUUAUAUCCCCUCCUUCGAUUAUGCCCAGGUAUUUGAUGUGUUUGAUGUUGCUCCCAUCUGGUAGUUUUAUCCCUUCAGUCCUUGUCACUUUGCCUUUUUGUAUGUUGACUAAGGCACAUUUUUCUAUUCCAAACUCCAUCCUGAUGUCCCCGGAUACAAUCCUUACAGUCUGGAUUAGGGUAUCUAUUUCCUUGAUGCUCUUACCAUACAAAUUGAUGUCGUCCAUGAACAUCAGAUGGUUAAUUCUGUUGCCUCCCUUCAUGAGCUGGUAUCUAGCAUCCAUCUUCUUCAGUACUACUUUUGUCAUUGGGAAUCAUGGCUACUACGAAGAGUAGUGGGGACAAUUGAGUCUCCCUGGAAGAUCCCUCUCCUAAUGUUAACCUCUGCUAGUCUUAUUCCAGAGCUUGUAAUUAUUGUAUUCCAGUUGCACAUUGUAUGUUUUAGGAAGUUGAUGGUGUUUUCCUCUCCCCAUAUAUUUUCAGGCAUUCUAUUUGCCGUGUGUGUAGUAUCGUCAACGGCUUUCUUGUAGUCAAUCCAUGCCAUGCUUAGGUUGGUUUUCCUUCUCUUACUGAUCUUUAUUACCAUUUUUUCUAUCAGGAGCUGGUCUUUUGUACCCCUACACUUUCUUCUUCAGCCUGUUGGUGGGGAUAGUUUUUGUAUCCUUUAGGUAGUUGUAUAGCCUUUUACUGAUGGUGCCUGUUAAUAACUUCCACAUUAUUGGUAGGCAGGUGAUAGGCCUGUAGUUACUUGCUAUAUUUCCCUUGGUCUUGUCUUUCUGUACUAAGGAUGUUCUCCCUGUGGUCAUCUGUUUGGGCGCACUGUGAUUUGCGAGACAGUGCUGGAGUUGUUCUGCUAUUCGUGGAUGUAGGGCAUUAAGUUUUUGAAACAGUAUCCAUGGACUUCAUUGGGACCUGGGACCUUCCAGUUUGGAAUUUUCUUUAGUUGGUGUCUGAUUAUUAUUAUUAUUAUUAUUAUAUUAUUAUUAUUAUUAUUAUUAUUAUUAUUAUUACUAUUAUUAUUCUUACUUAAAAGUGAAAUGGAAAGGUUAUUUUAUUAAUUUAAAUUACAAUCGCGUAUGAAUUUUGUAUUUACAGUUACAUUAGUAUUAUUAUUAUUUGAAAAUAUUAAUUGACAUAAAUGUACCAUAAAAAUUCUCUCAACGUGCAUAUGAUAAUUAGGUUCCAAUGAAAAGUUCGCACUACUGUGAAUUUGUGCAGCUUGAGUCGUGUAAGAUUGAGGUAUUACUGUAAUACUGGAUUCAACCUUGUGGCCAACUGUGGAACUAAGUAGCUGUGCAUGAUUGUUAAACACCAUGUAAGUACAGUUCAGGAAGUUCAUCUGUUUUACAUGCUAAUUAAAGAAUUAUGAUAGUGUUUAAUUUGACUAACAUUUUAAAAUGUACUGGAGGAAUAUUUUACAAACAAGGAAUUUGAAUAAGAUUGUGGAUAAACUGUGAGACUACAGUGCAUAGCUGCACAGCUUUUCAUGCCUCUUAACUCAUGUAAUGUGUAGAAACCCUAAAAAUGUAGAUAACUUAUCAUUUAUUCAUGAAAAUGAUAAAUGAUAGCAAAAGUGGUAUAGAAGUGUUUGUAUAUGUAGCUCUGUGGUGUAAACUGGUCUAACAAUCAUGCGCUGUUAUACCAAGUGUAUAUUAGUUUUAAGUUUUAAAAGACCUGGAUGUCAUAAAUUUGUCCAGUGUUGAAUUAUACAGAAUAUUAUUUAUUUAUGAGUUGUAUAUUUGUCAGGUGGUAUAUGUUAUGCAAUUAUAAUUUAUUGUUUUGGGUUGUAAUCAGGUUAAGUGAUUUGUAAAUGUAUACUGUAAUAUAAUAAAGUAUUUUCUGUGA